AUGAAUCGAAUGCAGUUUGUAAAUCAGCCCUUGUCCGUUUUGCCAAAUCAGAACCUUGUUGCUGAACCUAGAUUUGAGAAUACCUUUAUGGAUCACAGUUACAGGGAACAUAAUUAUCUUGCACCAAACGCAGUAGUCCCUGGUAGAGUUGCUCCCGUUUCGAAUUUGAGCCAUGAGGAUGAUUCGCAUGAGGACUGCGAUUUCUCAGAUGCGGUUUUACGGUACAUUAACACGAUGUUGAUGGAGGAAGAUAUGGAGGACAAGACGUGUAUGCUUCAAGAUUCUUUGGAUCUUCAAGCGGCUGAAAGAUCUCUUUAUGAAGCUAUCGGCAAAAGGUAUCCACCUUCCCCAGAACCAAACUCGACUUGCAUCAUGCAUAAUGGAGUAAACCCAGAUGAGAGUGCAUAUUGGAAUUAUAGAAACUGUUCCAUUGAUGGCUACUUCGUUGGCAAUGGUCGGGUACAAAGUCUGCCCGAGUAUGAUACCUCUCCGUUACAGACGCUUCCUAUUUCAAGCAUUUCUUGGUCAUCUCAUGGCUCUUCGAAUAGUGCGAUCACCAGUGUAGAUGGGUUGUUGGACUCUCCUGGAAGUGCCAUUCAGGCCCCCGAUUUGAAUAGUGAGAGCCCAUCUAUUUCACAAUUCAAGAGGGGAGUUGAGGAGGCAAGCAAGUUUCUUCCUAGUGACGAACAGUUGCUUGUCAAUUUGAAUGGUGGUGGCUUGCUACCUAAGGAGAUACGAAAAAGGACCAGUGAGGUGGUGGUAAAAGUGGAGAAAGAAGGCAAGAAAGAAGGGCUACCUAAUGGAUUGUGUGGAAGGAAGACAUCUGACAGGGAGGGUGUUGAUCUGGACGAGGAGAGGAAUAGUCUUGCUUCGUACUCCGGGUAA